AUGCUAAGUUGGCUCCGACGCUUCCCUAACGAUGUGAUCCAUAGGAAGGGCAAUGGCACCACCACAGGCCGGAGAACCUCCUCCUCCACCUCUUGGAGGAACAAGAGCAACAGCUUCACCGCACGGAUCAUCCGUUGUGCCUCCUCUGUGGUCGAUACAGCAGGCCGCCGACACGACGACGACGAAGAUGAUGAUUGUCGUCUACCGUCGUCGCCUCCUCCUCCAGCACCACCAAAUCAUUACAACAAUGAUAAUGGCAGAAACACCAGUGUCAUCUCGGCCAAAGCCUUCUCGUUCCGCGAGCUAGCUGAUGCCGCAGGAAACUUUCGCCAAGCCAACUUCAUCGGCGAGGGAGGCUUCGGUCGCGUCUACAAGGCCCGCCUGCGCAUUGCUGGUGAGGAUGACCUUCCGGUGGCCAUCAAGCAGCUGGACCGCAAUGGCUUCCAGGGCAACAAUGAGUUCAUGGUGGAGGUGCUCAUGCUCAGCAUGCUGCACCACCCCAACCUCGUCAGCCUCGUUGGUUACUGCGCCGAGGGCGACCAACGCCUGCUCGUCUAUGAGUACAUGGCACUAGGAUCCCUCGAGGACCACCUGUUGUUGCUGCGUGGUGACGAUGACAGCGAUGGCAGCCAAGAGCAUCAUGCCCCUUUGCCUUGGCGCACGAGGAUGAAGAUCGCGCUCGGCGCGGCGCAGGGCCUAGAGUACCUACAUGAAAACACUGUCAUCUACCGAGAUCUCAAGUCCUCCAACAUCCUCCUCGACCAAGACUACAGUCCCAAGCUCUCUGACUUCGGCCUUGCCAAGCUCCUCCCCGCCCCGCGCACUGACUCAUCCUCCUCAUCGUCGUCCUCCUCCUCAUCAAGCAGCAACAAGGUGAUGGGCACGUAUGGGUACUGUGCGCCGGAGUACUUGCGGACAGGAAAGCUCAGCGCCAAGUCGGACGUCUAUAGCUUUGGGGUGCUACUGCUGGAGCUCAUCACCGGCCGACGAGCCAUUGACGCCAGCCGGCCGGACGGCGAGCAAAGUCUCGUGGGAUGGGCGGCACGGAUAUUUGGUGACCCCAAGAGGUUCCAUGAGUUUGUGGACCCUCGGUUGGUGAUGGCAAUGCAAGGGCCUACAGCAUUAGAGUUGAAGCAGGCCGUGGGUGUGGCAUCCAUGUGCUUGCAGGAACACUACGCCCUACGUCCUGUGAUGACUGACGUCGUCAUGGCCCUUUCCUUCGUCGCCACUGAUUCUUCUCCCCCCUGCUAG